AAUAAGAAGAGCGAGGUGUGCGGUGUUCAGUCUAACAACGGUUUGAUUGAUUUGGAUGAUUUAACCGCGAGUAACAACCAACUAAUCUCCUUGUGCGACGACGACGACGACGACGAUCUCGUACUCACGAACAAUACGCGUAACGAGCUCGAUAACGAGGACAAGAGCCUGCAAGAGUUGAUAGAGAGCGAACUGGCGCUAAGGAUUUGUUCGAGCAAGAGCGACGACGAUGUCGCCGAAGAUCUCGAAGAACAAUCAGUCGUCACUCAACCGGAGACGAUCAAGAGGAUCGUCCUGGACCGGCGACAGGAUCCAGUCGACAUUAACGCGGAGUUUAUAGCCGCCGAGAGCGAGCAUUAUUCACUGAUUGAGGAACCCCAUCAAAAUGGUCACGUGUCCCCGAAUGUCAAUGUGGACGUCGUGAAACCGGAACCGGUGUAUUUGCACGAAGAGGAGGACGAACAUGUAUUUGUCGAGCAACCGGAAGUCAACAACGCCGCGCCAACAGUCGUUCAGAAAACGUGUGACGACGAUUGGCCGACAAGUGGAGACGAACCCCUUGACGGUAUUGACAGCGAAAAGCAUCAGGCAAUCAUCAAGGAUCACGCCCUAUCUGCCGUGGAUGUCCCGGACUCUAGUAACGUCAUGAGCGAUCUCAUUGACACGUCGAUCUCCCAACCUUUGGAAUUUAUGGAACCUUGUUCCAUAAAUGAGGAGGAGGAACUUGUGCAAAAGAUGCCGGACGAGACGAAUCUUUGCACCGAUGUCAAUCAAGAAAAUGAGAUGAAUGCAGACGUCGUUCAGGACACGUGCACUGAACAAGCGUUACUUUCGAGCAGUCAACAGUCCUCCGACAACAUCAACGAAACGCUCUACCAACAAAAUCAAGAUUCAAGUAAGCAAAAGUUUCCUUGCACGAACGAAGAAUCUUCUACGAAUGAAUAUAUCGAGAAGAUUGUGGACUCCUCUGAUUAUGUCGAGGAAAGGAUUUCGACGUCGCCGAUUUCUCAGGGCAAACAGUCGCCUUCCGAAAUCAUCGAAGAGGCAGACUCAAAGCUAAGCGAGAAGCACGAGGAGGAACCUCACAUCCGGAAGCAAUUUGAAAAUUUCGACGAUGGUAUUUCUAGCCAGUCUGAGAUGUUUACGGAGACGAUUAGCACACAGGAGUUUCUCGCUAUGGAGCGCCGUGUGCUGAACGAAGAAGUCAAUGAAAAAACGGCUCAUCAGAUCGUGGCAUCGCCAGAGAUCACCAGUUCACCAGCAAUGUCGGGAUCGAUCUUCGAGAACGAAUCCAUCCCGGAGUGUCUGAAGGCCAUUGCGGAGGACGCGCAGAACCCAGUGGACGAGUCCUCGAGCGAGUUGUCGGCGUCAGAUUUGACAUUCAUCGAAAAAACCGAAGUCGUCGUGUCGGACACGAGCGUGACCAUCUUCUCGGAAACGAAGCGAAUCGUCGACGAGAAUUUGGACUCGUGGACCACGGUCGAGGAGGCCACGAAAUCAGCUGGCGUCGAGGAGAAACGCGAGACGGAGCGCAGCGGUGACGUUAACGAGGCGACGAGAGACGAUAACGAGGGGAAAGCGGACGAUUCGCUCGCGCCCCCCGUGUCCCCCCGCGCGCCCCUGGCCACACCGGACGAGACGGAGACGAGCGAUGUUUCUAACGCCUGCGAUAGUGAGAGCCGCGAGGAAACGGUGACCGCCAGUUCCACCGUGGUGACCCCCUCGAAGGUUGGAACGAAAACGAAGAAGAAGAAGAUCGAGGGCGUCGCAGGUAACGAUGCCACCUCGCCGAACCUUACGCCGCGUACAAAGAAAACCAAGAAGAGCAAGAAGAGCGAUCUCGAGAAGGAGAACAUCUCCGUGAACUGUAGCUUACGAGACGCAAGCAUGCAUACGGGUACUCGGCGGUCGCAUUCAGAGAUGAUCGAUUUCUCCGACGAGGACGAUUUAUCGAACGUCAAUGUUAAGUCACUGACACAGAAUUAUGUCUCGGAGACGAGCCGUAGCGAUCAGGAGAAGUUGUCCAGAGAACGAAUCGCGACCGGCGUGUCCAUCAAGCAAUUAUGUCGCAGCUUUGGCGACAUCUCGAACAUGAGUGACGGCGAUCAGGCGGCUUUUGGGAAAACGAGCCACACGGUGGAGAUCGAAGAGAAAGCGAGGUCGAUGGGUGACCUGAGAGUGUGCGAGCAGGGUUACUCGAAAUUCACCAAAGACGCGCCCGUCUUCGCCGGGGUGUCGGUCAAGGCCCUCAGGGCUUCCUACUGUAGUUUGGCAAGCUUAACGAGCGAGGGUAAGGACAAGGAUCAUGCAUGCGAGAAGCCGAAAUUCGAGAAAUCAAGCUUUAACAAAUUCGACGCUCUCACCAAGAAGACAGUUCUCCACGUACGUUCGGUCGAUGCAGGCAAAGUGCAACAGCAACUAAAUGCCGUGGGUCAGAGCAGCGAUGCGAAUACGAAUUGUCGCAGCUGCGGCAAGGUCGUGUUUCAAAUGGAGCAGACAAAGGCCGAGGGUCUGGUCUGGCACAAGAAUUGCUUCCGGUGCGUGCAGUGCGGCAAGCAGCUCAACGUGGACAAUUACGAGAGCCACGAGAGCACGCUGUACUGUAAGCCGCACUUCAAGGAGCUCUUCCAACCGAAACCGGUCGAGGAGUCCGAACAACCCGUGCGACCUCGAAAGCCGGAGCUGAUCAUACGGGAGAACGAGCCGAAAGAGUUGCCACCCGAUGUGGUCAGAGCUUCCGACAAACCCGACCUAGGACUCGAGGAGCUCUCAAGCUUAAAUGUCAAAUCGCGCUUCCAAGUCUUCGAGAAAGCUAGCACAGAGAACGUCAAUGAAAUCGAGAGAUCGCCGUCACAGAUCGCCGUCAAGAGAUCGCCCAGCAUCCUCAGUAAACUGGCCAAAUUCCAGGCGAAGGGCAUGGAUAUUGGCGUGGCGGACGAAUCUCUCAAUGGUAUACCCUACGAAGAAUCGAGCGAAAGUGAAGACGACGUGGAAACGGAGGAGGCCGAAGAGGUGGAAACCGAGAUCGUGAAGGCAAAACGCACCACGCGCGAACGACCGAUCAGUUUCUCAAAGAUGGGUGAUAUCAAGAAUCGUUGGGAAUCUACGAGUCAGCAGGGAAGGCGUGAAAUUCAGCGCGAGGCUAGGAAGGAAGAAAUCGCAGGAAUCCGUUCGCGAUUGUUCAUGGGUAAACAGGGUAAGAUGAAGGAAAUGUAUCAGCAGGCAGUAGCCGGAAGCGACCGCGUCACGAAGAUAAAUGCGGCGGAGGAGAUCCAGAACUCGACUGCCCACGCUCGUUCCAUCAAAGAGAGAUUUGAACGGGGAGAGCCAAUCGCGGCUUCGGACGACGAAAUCGACAGUAAACCGAAACCGGAGAAAGCCGACGAGGAGGUGAUCGCAGCAGGUAUCAGCAGGAAGUCACGAUCGCUCUUUUUGGAAUUGGAUGCUUCUGCAGCGAAAACAGGACGUCCAGUAACGCCAGUACUUCCGAAGACGCCAACCGAGAAUCCACGACGUGCACGGGAUGCGUUCAUGGGUCGUCAAGUCUCAGACGAUGUGGUACGCAGCUCAGAUGCGACUGAGGAAGUUCACGUAGAAACGUCGGAAAUUUCGAACAAGUUCAAAUUCUUCGAGUCUUACAAGGAACCGGAGAAACAGCGAAAGCAGUUUCGCAUCACGCCUCCACGCGACGGUCAAGUCAAGAUGGAUUCACCGGAUCGCGAGAUAUACCGCGAUCCCGAUGUCGUCAGAGCCGACGAUAGGGUGGACGAGGUAGUCCAUACGGACACGGCGAGAAAGAUGCUGUCUAUCUUCCGGCAAAUGGAGGAAAACGCGUGCAAGGAGGAAUUGCCGGAAGGUCCAAAACCCUUGAAGCGCUUCACACCGCCUCCCGAGGACAAAUUUGCUAAAGCGACAGCCUCGGACUCGGAGGAGGACGAGGAUGAAGAAAACGAAGAGUCCGAUGGUGAUGAGAGCAAUGAGGAGAAAGAUCCCAAUUACGUCCGUGCUUCUGACAAAGUGGAGGACGAGUUCUUGAAACAAGCACAGAAUGCGGCGCGCGCCAAGACCCUCCGUGCUAAGUUCGAGCAUUGGGAGGAGACCGACGGCAAGGUCAGCAGUCACCAUAUCGCCGAAAUCGAAAUGGCCCAGGGCACGGGCGACCAGUCCAGCAUAGAAUCUGCGAGUAGUCUGAGGGCUCGUUUCGAGUCCCUCGGCUCACAGAACAACGAGUCUCCGCGCGCAUCGAAGGUCAAAGUUAAUCGAUUUGUGUAAAAGGGGAAAAGAGAGACGGACGAAAAAUACGCCUGGAUUAAAUCGAAUGCGAAGAAAGAAAGAGAGAAGGAGGAGAAGAAUCGAUGGAGGAAGGAGAGUGCGUCGUUGGAACAACCGUGAUGGAAAAGCAGUUUUUUUAUUUCUUUAAUCUCGCGCAACGGCAAUAAUGUUCGGUUAUCGUCACCUUACUGUAACUGAUCUUUUCGUUUUCUUAGGGAUGGUUUUAACAGAUACAUUUCGUAUAGUGAAUCUUUCUAGCCCAUAGACUGUACCAUAUGUUGCGUGUUAAUAUAUACAUAUAUAUAUAUAUAUAUAUAUAUAUAUAUAUAUAUAUAUAUAUAUAUUAUUGUAGUAUGAAAGUCCGCACGACUGUUGGAUCUGUCGAGUGUUUCGUCCAAUCAGAGAUGGAAAAUUACGCCAACAGAGAGAAGAAAAAAAAAACAGCAGAUGGUUGUAAAGCAUUCGGGACGAUAAUGUGCUGAGUCACAUAAGAAAUAUAAAGACCGUGUGAGAAAUUUAAUAUAUAUAUAUAUAUAUAUUGAUUUGUACACAGAUUAUAGAGUUCCACAAAACAUCUCGUUAAUCAAUACAAUGACCAUCAUCAUUGUUCUUUUUUUUUUAUAAAGGUCUAUGAUUUCUUUAUCAAGAAACAGAGGAAAUUUGACAGUCAAAAUUAAAUUAUAUAAAUUUUAUAAUUAUUUUAUUUUAUCACAAAAAGCGAAUGUUUCUUAUGCAGAGAUGCUCGACUUAUCCUAAUAUAUAUAUAUAUAUAUAUAUAUAUAUAUAUAUAUAUAUAUAUAUAUAACAGAAAAAGAGAAAGAAAAUCUUAUUGUCUACUAAUUUACAUCAUAUAAAAAAGAUAGGCGAGAGAGAGAGGGAAAGAGAGAGAGAGAAAGCGUCCAUCUGUGUCGCAUGUAGCAACGCGACUUUUAUCGUUUUUGCAAAGAUUCUUUCUUUAGUGCCUACAUAUGUGCGACGAUGCCAAGAUUUCUGUAAAAUGCAUGAUGGAUUUGCUCCUCAACAGUGAAAUUCGUAACGAUGCGCCCUUUAACUUUCCGUAUCUUAUAUGAUAACAAAUUUUUGAAUAUAAUUAAAUAUUGAAUAUAAUUAAACAUAUGCGAUUAAUAAUUUCUAUAUUACAAUUCUUAAUUAGGACAGAGGUCAUUGAACGAUUUGAUGACUUUAUAGAGUGCCAAAUUUUAUCGAAUAUACUUGAACGAUUUUUCAAGCCACAAUUUUUAUUGGAAUGAAUUUUUUGAAAUCUUCAUGAUUUAUAUGAUUAUUACAUAUCUACAACGUAUCUUUAAUUUUUAUAUAAAUAUUUCAGUUAUAAAAAUUCAGUUAUAAAAAUUCAGUUUUUAGAGCAGUAAAUGAAUCGAUUAAUCAAAAUAGCUCAUUGAUAAAAUGUAUACUGUGGGUAUAGAUAAAAAAUUAAUGAAAUAGCAUUUUGCCUUUUUUAUCUCACAUUGACAAUUAUUAUUAUUAUUUUAGUAUGUCUUGAAUGUUAAAUGCGCGGAUAAUAUAGCAGAUUUAGAAUUUUCUUCUUGCAUCGUUACGGUCUUCACACAACUAUCGCUUUAGAUUUCUGAUUUUCAUAAGUGCCAAGUUAUUCAUCGACAAAUGAACGAAAAGAGAGACGAGUGAGCGAGAAUAAAAAAGCGCGCAAGAGAAAGGAAGUGCGUGAGACUGACGAACGAAAAGAAUGAGAGGUGAUGGCUUUUCCAAAUUGCGAGAUGAGGGCCUGAACGAGGAAUUAUCAUUUACAUACAGAGGAAGUAUAUAUAUAUAUAUAUAUAUAUAUAUAUAUAUAUAUAUAUAUUCGAGGCGAUAUUUAGGUGCUCCAGGAGCUGAUUAGCUGAUUAGAGAAACGUAGCUAUUUCGAGAUCGCUUUUACAAAUUUCUAAUCUUUUUACAGCUUAGCGCGGUAGUAAGUAGAUUUUUUAUACCCGUCUAUCCGUCAACGAUCUCACUUCGGGGACUGACAAACGGAAACGAAAAUAUCUUUCUCGCGUUUGAUAUAACGAUUGGAAUGUUCGCGAAAUACACGUUGCGCAUUUGCAUCUUACACUUGUGCAAUAUAAGAAAUUGUGAUUACGUAUUUAUUGUCUUGCAAAACGCGAAUAUCAAUCUUUUUCUUUUAGUUGUAUUAUAUCUAGAUACAUUGUAUUAUAUAUAUUUUUCAAGAGUGAAAUGCAUUUUUAUCGAUGGAAUUUAAUCACCUUUGUUUUCUAUCGUGUAUCUGUCAAGUUAUUCCUUUCUGUGUUGCUUUUGAUACUACCGUAAAAUUAUGCAAAAAGGCAGUAAGUUUGCUGUAAAUUCGACAUAUUUUUUGCACUAAUUUAGGUACGAAAAUGUCAUCGAUAUAGAAACAUGAUAUAUAUAUCUGUGUAUGAAUACAUUUUAUAUUUACGGGAAAGAGAAAGCAGGAUUGACUUCGAUCGUAAAAUAUCAAGGUACAACGCGAUCGUUUUUCGAGAAUUCGAAUCGAGUAUAAAAAGAAUUCUUUCUGAAAGCACUGUACGAGUUUUUCUAGACAUGUAAUCUAACAAUAAGUAUUAUAGAAAGAGGAGGGAAAAUUUGAAGAUGUAUAUUCUCGACAGCGUACAUUUCUCGUCUUCCUUUUUUCGUUUGUGCAAUAAUAACUUUCGAGAUAUGCGAGUCACGAAUGCGGUGGACAAGCGAUUCGACAAGAUUUAUAGCGGGAUGCGCUAAGCUGGGUUUUCAUUUGCGUAAGAGUCGCUCCAUUAAUCGAGCUAUCAAAUAGAGACAAUCUCGCGUGACGAUUCUAGCAAGUUAAUUCUCGUUAAUGGCCUUUUAAUUUGUAGCAUAACUAGCGAUAAUACUAAGUUAAUACGACUUUAUUGCGUCUGUUAACGUAUCAUUUCUAUCGAUGUAUAACGAUCCUUGUUCUGUUCACGUGUAACAUUUAUUACGAUAAUACAUAAGUGGUAAAUAAAGAAGAUGCUAAAUCUC